AUGAUUCCUUCGCCGCGCGGGUCUGGUGGCGACUACCACGACGCGACGCCGAUCUCCGAGUCGCCCCAUCCGCAUCCGCUCACGCUGGACGAGUCUUGCACGGGUGUGCGCCCGUCGCUCGCCUCCAUCGUGCUCAUGCAGUCGUCCAUGCCCCGGGCCACGAUCCCGACGUCGAUGGACGACGACGUCGGCGCACCGAUCUCGCCCGUCACGCUCCUCUGGUACGUCGUCUCGUCGAUCGCGAUCGGCACUAUCGUCGUCUCCGCGCUUGUCUUUGCGGGCGCCAUGGGCAUGCACUUCCUCGCGGCCAUCCUCGUCGCGAUCCUCAACUACGAGAUGGCGUGGUACGCGCUCGGCGUACGCCACAAGAUCCUGCGGCCCUUCCAGCUCUACUACGAGCCCGACGCGCUCGCGGCGUCGCGUGACAGCGACGUGCCGCCGGCGAACGCGCGCGUGUGGGGCCGCAUGUUGCACGUGCCCGCGCCGCUGCUCUCGUUGCUCGUCGCGCUCCUCGCGAGCGCGCUCUGCGGCGGCCUCCUCGUGCUCAUCCAGAACGAGGCCGGGCUUGGUCUCGACAAGGCCACCUUUGGCCUCCUCGUCGCGUACAUCACGUCGACGUGCUUUGUCGCGGUGAUCGCGGCCAUGUUCACGCCGUCGGCCAUGGACGGCGCGAUCCUGCUCCUCAUGCAAGCGGCCUUCUCGGUGCUAACGCUCAACGCGCUCCUCGACUUCCGCGCGGCCGUCAACGGCAACAUCCGCGCGAUCAAGCUCAUCGAUGCGGGGUUUGCCCUUAGCAUUGCGUUUGUACCGAUCGU